AUGACAUAUGUUUCGGACGCACAGCUCUUCAAUACAAACCGAAAAGGUGAUGUUCCGGUAUCGGUCUAUUUCGACGAUCAUCCCCUUGACGUGACGGUUUUCGAUGAAACUCAGCAGGUAGCACUGUUGUUUGGGACCUACUCUGUGGCACUGUACGACUACGAAGUAUCACCAUUGAAACUCACCAUGAAACAGCAUGUGCGAACAGAACGAUUUGCAUUGAUUCUGAGUUAGUUUAAUACUAUGUGACUUCAUAGCGAUAAUUUCCCACCGUAUACCUCAGGAUAGACUGUACUCCAUCGCGGAUGAUCGCUGCCUCUGUGUUUGGGAUGCGAAGAUUCUGGACUCCGUGCCAACGGAUUCAGCUGGUGUCAAGCAAGUUGUUUCAGAAAUUCUCAAGUCUUAUGGUAUCCACGAAANAAAAAAAGUGAAAAAUGAAUUCGGAAAGGAUCUGAAAGAGACUACCGAAGAACUAAGAAAAAAUCAUAGCCAUCAACACUCAGGAAAUUUCAAAAUCUGUUAAGAGACUUUAUAAGUUGUAAUCGUUUGUAAAUGGAUCGUGCAAGAUGACUGCCUCAAAAUGUUGUACCAAAAAGAAGUUCAAGCCGGUUCAAUACGAGCAAUCCGUGUGGUAGACGAAAAACUGCGCUGCAGCAAGGUGCGCUGAACCGCGUCGUUUCCAAAUACCAGCCGCUUCGCCAACGCACGCGUCAUAUCUACAUUUUGCCAAUGUGUCUUGACCGUUUGAAUUCCGAGCUAUGCAUCGCCUCGGGAAGUGGUGCACUUGCCAUUGUACCCGUUAAAGAGCUAGUUGAAGACUUUGAAGUCCGCUGCACAUCCAUUUCGGAACUUCGUGCAUUUGCUAGGAUGCGUGAUAAAAUUCAAUGCCUACAGGAAAACAGCUGGUAUUGUUGGACGUCGUCAACCAAAAAACCGUGGCGACACUUGAUUUUUCUGCAAUACUACUAAGUUAUGGAAUGAAAUCGCAUAUUAAAAUAACGUCGAUGACCUUGAUGAUGAUGGAGCAGUCUAUAUUCAUCAUGUUGGGGACAGUGUGCGGCCACGUGUUUUUUGCUGAAUUCGCGGCCAAUUCUACCGAUGUGUCGAUGACCAGCUUACGAAAGCUAAACGCAUGUUUUGAAGCUAAGGCGAUCAAUCAAGUGAGAAACUACAACGGGAAUAUUUUCCUUCUAGGAAGCAAUGGAGUUUCGGUGCUGUGCAAAUAUGAUGCAAGUUCGAACGUAGAGGUUAUUUCUGCUGGGCCUGCCUGCCCGUGGUUACGAGGCUUUACCCCAUGCUCAUUCUCACCAGACAACAAGUUCAUUUUUGGCUUCCAUGCGAGGAACUUCUAUGUCGUUGAUGUCCGAAAUGGUGACACCUUGUGUACGGUACCAUGUGGCGGUAUCCACCGGCAAUGGUAUUUCACCUUGUGUGAUAACUAUGAUGUACUGAGAGAAGGAGAAGUCAGACUGCAACGUGCUACAUUUGAUUUUCUUCGAAAAGGGUCGAUUGUCUCCAUUGAUUUGUAUCUGAAGCGACUUCCUUUCCUCGAGCAUUGUGUCCAUCGAACACAAGUGGUUGGUGUCUGCCUACUGGACGAAAGCGAUGAAACCAUACGUGCAAUUACUAUUGGAGCUGAUUAUUUUAUUCGAUUCAGUCAAAUACAAUGGAAAUCAGGCGCGUGGUCUACCCUUCUGUCCCUAUACAAUCCAUCAGCUCCCACUUGUGUUCGUUCGUCGUCAUUGUCAUUUGGUGGAUGUGUGGUUAUGGUUGGUGGAGAAAAGGGAACAGUUACGGCAUGGAUGGUUGGAACCGAAGCGCUCGAGGAUGGGAACUCAUAUUCUGUUCGCUCCGCCCUAUAUCAGCGUAGCGAGAGUUCUGCUCGAGUCGUGGACUUUGACGUUACUCAGGUAUCAAAUAACCAGUGUUUAUCCGCUGUAUGCUAUGCCGACGGAAAGAUCGAAUGGUUAGAUCUGUAUGUCGAUGAAGAUCGUGGUGUACGUCUUGAAAAAGAAAUCAGAUAUCCGGUACUUGCAAGUCCAAAUUUAUCCAUCUUCAGUAAGGUUGCCACGUGGACAGAUAUUGACGGCACUGUCUAUCUUUGUGCGGCAUCUACUUCGGGGAAUCUGUUCCUUUGGAAGUCGGCUGAGAAGCCUGAAUCUGCCUGUACGAUGUUUGUGGAGCGCUGUGGUCUUUCCGCACUCGCUUUUUUGUGUGAAGGCAACCAAAGAUGGCUAGCAGUUGGAUCCGAAUCAGGGACAGUGACCGUAUUCGCUAUCCAUGGUGCCACUCUGAAAAAGCUGGCUACCUUGACUUAUCAUAGUGCCACUAUAACUGGAGUUGCCCUUCUGUUGAACGACAAAGACCUUCGAGUGUUGUCAGUCGCUCUUGACUGCCGUUUUGCAGCUUAUUUCAUUGAUCUCAACACGAAGCAGGCAAGUUUUCUUCACGCUGUUCCCCUUGGUGUGCGUGAUCCUUCAUCACUUCUAGAAACGAAGUUCCUUGCGAUUUUGGGAUAAUCUCGUGGCCUCGAGGUCAAUCCGCCCUCCGAAUUGCGGCGAUCACCUCAGAAAUGCCGCUGCCACUGCGACCACCCACUCCUCUUAUACAGGUGCGUGCUUUGUCAUACUGUCAUGGAGCUCCCUCUUUUUCGAUGAUAUGAGAUGA